AUGGCUUUCUGGGAGGUGUAGUCCAAUGACUGUGUCCUCCCUUCCCCGGCCCUGGUGACUGGGAGCGGCAGGAAAGCAGCGAAGAGAGCGCGGUGGACGCUGGUGCUCUCCGGGUGUGACGUAGAUGUGAAUUCUACUCCAGGAAGAUGACCGCCAUAAAGCACGCUCUGCAGAGGGACAUAUUUACUCCCAAUGAUGAGCGUCUUCUGAGUAUUGUUAAUGUCUGCAAGGCUGGGAAGAAGAAGAAAAACUGCUUCCUCUGUGCCACCGUGACGACAGAAAGGCCUGCACACGUCAGAGUGGUGAAGGUGAAGAAAUCCGAUAAGGGGGACUUCUACAAAACACAGACCUCUUGGUUACUCAAGGACCUGUCUACAGUGGACGCCAAAGAUGCCCUUAAAGAAAGUCCAGAUUUUGAUCUCCAUUUUGACAAAAUCUACAAGUGGGUUGCCAGCAGCCCUGCCGAAAAGAACGCCUUUAUUUCCUGCCUCUGGAAGCUGAACCAGCGAUAUUUGAGGAAAAAAAUCGACUUUGCAAAUGUCAGCUCCCAGCUUUUGGAAGAACUGCCUAAAGUUGCUGAAGAAUCUGUUCCCAGUGGAGAGAAUCAGAGCGUGGCUGGGGGAGAAGAGGAAGCAGCCGAGUACCAGGAGCUGAAUACACGCGAGAAGCAGGACAUUGAAUUCAUGAUGGAGGGCUGUGAAUAUGCCAUUUCCAAUGCAGAAGCCUUUGCAGAAAAGUUAUCCAGGGAGCUCCAGGUUCUGGAUGGGGCAAAUAUCCAGUCAAUCAUGGCCUCAGAGAAACAAGUGAACAUCCUGAUGAAGCUGCUGGAUGAGGCUCUGAAGGAGGUGGACCAGAUUGAAGGGAAGUUGAGCAGCUAUGAGGAGAUGCUUCAGAGUGUGAAGGAGCAGAUGGAUCACAUUUCUGAAAGCAACCACCUCAUUGAGCUCAGCAAAGCCAAUAGCGAGACCCUCCUGGGGGAAAUUGAGUUUCUUGUUAACCAUAUGGACUUAUCUAAGGGUCACAUCAAAGCACUUCAGGAGGCCGAUCUUUCUUCAUCUCGUGGGAUUGAGGCCUGCACAAAUGCAGCAGAGGCCCUCCUACAGUGUAUGAACGUCACUCUCCAACCAGGACACUCCAUGCUCCAGGCUGUGAAGCAGCAGCAGCAGAUGUUCAGAGACCUCCGGGAGCAGUUCGCUCGUAGACUAGCCAGUCACUUGAACAAUGUGUUCGUCCAGCAGUUCACUCAGAUGUUCCCUCACUUGUAUAGCAGGUCCUACUAUCUCUCUAUGGCAGGCCACGAUCAGACCUCCACAUUAUCCGUAGAGCUGACACUACCCAACCACCAUCCUUUUCACCGUGACCUUCUGCGAUAUGCCAAGUUAAUGGAGUGGCUGAAGACCACUGAGUAUACCAGAUACGAGGGACUUACUAAGAACUACAUUGAUUAUAUUGUCCGCUUAUAUGACCGGGAGAUCAGAGACUUUUUCGAGGUGGCUAAAAACAAGAUGACUGGUAUUACUAAGGAAGGAAAGAAGUUUGAUAAUGUUGGUUCCACAAGAAUAAUCAAUAAGCACGCUACGCUCCCUCGAAAAGAGAGUGCCGUGAAACAGGAGACAGAAAGUCUUCAUGGCAGCUCUGGGAAGCUGACAGGAUCCACAUCCAGUCUGAAUAAACUGUCGGUGCAGAGUUCAGGGAGCCGCAGGUCUCAGUCUUCUUCAUUGUUAGAUAUGGGCAACAUGUCUGCCUCUGACUUGGAUGUAGCUGACCGCACCAAAUUUGACAAGAUCUUUGAACAGGUCUUAAGUGAACUGGAGCCGCUGUGUCUCGCAGAACAAGACUUCAUCAGUAAAUUCUUUAAUCUAUCCCAACAUCAGAGCAUGCCUCGGACACCCAUGGUUGAAGGAGAUGAUGCAGAUGGUGGCGGAUUUUCUCGGUCACAGAACACAGUGAUAACCACAUCCUCAGAGAAGGAAAUGAUCCGACAGAUGAUGACUCACAUCUUUCGCUGCAUAGAACCAGAACUCAACAACCUUAUUGCCUUGGGAGACAAGAUUGACAGUUUUAACUCUCUGUAUAUGCUGGUGAAGAUGAGCUACCAUGUGUGGACUGCAGAGAACGUGGACUCUGCUUCCUUCCUCAGUACUACUCUUGGCAAUGUCCUGGUUACAGUGAAGAGGAAUUUUGAUAAGUGCAUAACUAACCAGAUCAAGCAGAUGGAAGAUGUCAAAAUAUCAAAGAAGAGCAAAGUCGGCAUUCUUCCCUUUGUGUCGGGGUUUGAAGAGUUUGCUGAGCUGGCAGAGUCCAUCUUUCGAUCGGCUGAAAGACGAGGAGACUUGGAUAAAGCUUAUACCAAACUGAUCAGAGCGGUUUUCCUAAAUGUUGAAAAAGUUGCAAAUGAAAGCCAGAAGACUCCUCGAGAUGUCGUCAUGAUGGAAAACUUCCACCACAUUUUUGCUACUCUUUCUCGAUUAAAGAUCUCCUGUCUGGAAGCAGAAAAGAGAGAGGCCAAGCAGAAGUACAACGACCAUCUGCAGUCAUACGUGAUCUACUCACUGGGACAUCCUCUGGAGAAACUAAAUACUUUCUUCGAAGGUGUCAAAGCACGUGUCGCCCAAGGAAUUGGCUACGAUGAAGUAAGCUACCAAUUGGCAUUCAGCAAGCAAGAGCUGCGGAAAGUCAUAAAAGACUAUCCUGGUAAAGAAGUGAAGAAGGGACUAGACAACCUCUACAAAAAGGUGGACAAACAUCUGUGUGAGGAGGAGAACCUACUGCAGGUGGUAUGGCACACCAUGCAAGAUGAAUUUAUCCGCCAGUACAAGCACUUUGAAGGUUUGAUUGAGAAAUGUUACACCGGAGCUGGUAUCACCAUGGAAUUCACCAUUCAAGACAUCCUGGAGUAUUUCUCUAGUAUUGCACAAUCUCACUAGUAAAGCUAAAUGAAAUCCAAGGAAAAACGAAUUCACUGUGUUGUGCCUAGUGUAGGGGUAGAACAUGUACCAUGCACUCAGGCCCUGCACUAGGCGUAACACAGUGUAUCAGGGUUUUUUCUGGAGCAUUCCUUUAAAGGGGCUUUCUGGGAUGUAGAUAUUGAUGAUCUAUACUCGGGAUAGGUCAUCAGUAUACAACUGGUGGGGACCCGACACCCAGUACCCCAGUUAAUCAGCUGGAAACUAUACAGUGGAUGGAGCUGUAAGCAGAGGUGAGCUGCAGUACCCUAGCACAGCCACUACACUGUGGACAGAGCCUUCUACUUCUCUUGUCCACUGAGUAGUCUCUGGUAUUGGCGGGUGCCACGGGUGUCAGAUCCCCAGCAAUGCGAUAUUAAUGACCUAUCAGUAUAUAAGUUCUGGAAAACCCCUUUAAGGAAUGAAAAGCACUUUAAGUGUCUCAUACAUGAAAGGGAAGAGGAUGAAUGAACUUAGCUGGAAACGUCUACUCUUAGCCCAAACACUGCACGUCCAGGAACAGGACUCUGUAUCUAACUUUAUGGUAAUGUGUGAACGGGUCAACAAAGAACAUUCAGAGCACGUCUCCGAUACCAUCUUACAGUAAACUCAUGGCAUCAUCUUCUGUCAUCUUACCGUGCUGUCCUAUGAAGGGCAGCAUAUUACAUCUAUAGGUCAGUACUACUAAUAGCCAAAAUGGCA